AUGGCAGCAGAUGCAAGCAAGCCGCCUGUGGUCAAUGGCCUCGAGUCCAGCAACAAAGCUCUCGAAUUAGCAAUCGACCUUCCUCACAGCCCUGGUCUCAGGCUCAACGUGCAUCUCACCAUCCUCGCAAACUGCAUCAUGCUCUUCCUCACAAGUACAAGUUCAGAAACUGGACCCGGCGCGGUAUCCAUGGGCAGUUUUGUAUACGCUCUGCCAGAUCGAUACAACCCAACACAGCCCAUGAGCACAGCAUUAUACACUGCGCCUUCAUCGCUGGACUUUACAACUCGCAUGGCCAAAGUGUUGACACGCCGGCUGAAGAAACCUUGCUAUGUGGGCAGCAGCAUCAAUCUAUCUACGGCAGCGGGAGGAGGUUCCGUAGACGAGGAAAUGGAUGCAUUUCGAUGUGUGGUUGACACGGUCGUUUCAGCAGCGGCGUGA